AGCAUUUCUACAGUUCUACAACCAUGGACGGCAACAAGGCCAAUGACUUGGCGACAGAUUUUAACAAUCAUUUCAAAGACAACCUACAGCGUCAGCUUUUCAGGAAACAGAGUGAAGAUUUCUUGGCUCCUGCCACCCGCCUGCUGAAGAAGAAACAACAGGCAAAUGACGUCCAUCAGGCCAUGCUGGCCGUCAAAGAAGACUUCAACAUGACUGCAGGAAACCAGCAGCUGAGAAGGGAAGAGCUGAGAGUCAAGGAGGCCGAGAUCAAGGGUCAUCUAAUGAAAUUUGAUCAGUUUCUUAAGGAGAACGAGAUGAAGCGCGUGCGGGCCAUGAAGAAGGCGGAGCACGAGCGCCAGCUGGCGCAGCAGAAGGGGGCGGAGCUGCGGGCCCUCGAGGUGGACCUGCAGGUGCUCACGCAGGAGAGGGACCGGCUGGCCACGCUCGCCAAGAAGAACGAGAUCUACCCGGACUAUCUGCUCAAAGUGGUCAGGCUGUGCAAGCAGUUUGACGAGCCUCGGCAGGUGAUGUCCCGCUUCGACACGCUGGUCCAGACGCGCGCCGACCUGCUGCGGCACUCCAAGGAGGGCGAGGCGUCGGUCAACCGGGCCCUGGCCCAGCAGGCGCAGUACAUCGAGCAGGGCGAGGACCGCAUCAUCAACUACAACAACCAGCUGGCCCUGCUGCAGACAGAGCUGGACGCCGUCACCAGCCAGGUCGUGCUGUGGGAGUCCAGGUGGGUGCACAUACAGAACACGGCCGCCAAGAAGACCCUGCUGCUGGGCACCAUCAAGAUGGCCACCCUCAACCUCUUCGUGUCCAUGUGUGGCAAAGCCAAACAGCACAAGGGCAUGUCUCCAGAGGACACCGGAGAGCAGCUCAGUCAGAUCCAGUCCUUCCUGCUGAAUCUGAUCGGCAUCAUGGACGAGCUCCACAAGCUGGACCACAAAUAGUAGCGCUGAGGGAGGGUGGAGGAGAGCACCAACCAUCACCUCAAAGCUACGCCCAACCCCAUCUACCACCCCUACUCCCAACACUAAACCAGACCUCCUCUACCGGCCCUACUCCCAACGCUAAACCAGACCUCCUCUAUCACCCAUACUCCCAACGCUACGCCCCAACCCCAUCAACCGCCCCUACUCCCAACACUAAGGGGUUAGUUCCAACCCCAUCUCCCAACACUAAAUCCAAUCAAAUCUACCACACCUACUCCCAAUGCUACCUGGUUGUUCCAACCCAAUCUACAAUGCUAAACCAGACCUCCUCUACCACCACACCCUCAAUCCUACACCAAAGCCCAUCCACCACGCAAAGAUCAACCGACCCCCAGCCCUACCACCCAAACCUCAAAACUGAGCUGCCUUUUUGGGCUAUAUAUUCCAGAAGUCACACUCAUCUACACAGAAAUAUAUUAAACACACCAUUUGACAGCA